UUGGAUACGGCGCUACUUUCGGCGGUGUGCUAGCUACGGUUCUCUCAUAUCAUUUUCGGUACUUGGUUACUGUUGACGUUUUUCGGGGCGACAGGCGGUUGCGGUCUAUACGGGUUUGUAGUUGUGCACACUGCGUCUCACACAAACCUAAACGUCGUGUUUCGCUCCUCUCGCCCGAAGAAAACUUGACGCGAGAUGCGUAGUAUGGGGAGCAUGGCCAAUCGGGGAGUUAAUUAACGUCCAAAUAAAAGUUCGUUGGAAAACCCGUACUCAGAAGUGAUCAAAAAAUAAAAAAAAAACACUCCGCAAUCUUGACGGUUUUUACCGCACCAGAGGAAUUAUGAAAUCGCCUUUCCCCAUGGUCUCAGUGACGACAGUGGGACUGCUUGAGGAGGGGACUGGUACCACAGAGGGGUGUGCGGUGUUCACUAGCGAAGGCGGCCACGAUUGAAGCGCAGUGAUUUUUCUUCUAUCGGGAAGGGUCUUAAAAAUAGAUUUUCGGCGCUUGGAAAAUUAUGUGAAAACAUCACGGGACAGAGGGAGCAGAUGAAAUAAGAAAAAAAAAACUACAAACCAUCCAAGACGGCGGUGAGCAAGUUUGCGCAUCUAGCUGCCAAACACGGCCCAGUCUGUCAGUCAGUCCUUGACUGGUGAAUGGACCGAGCUUCAACGGUUUACGGGGCCAAUAUGUUGUUUGCAGGACUUUACGUUGGUAAAACAAAUUUCGUUGUUCCGUUCAGUUCAUUCAGCUUAUAGUAAAGUGGCCUACGACUGGCGAAACCCGACGGCGAGUGGUGGGCAGCAUGGCGACGGAAAUCAGCAAAAACUCGGUGUAAUUUCAACCCGACCCGACGACCAAGUGGGUGGAAUUUCAUAACAAUCAGUGGAGAUGUGUCACUUGUGCAGUGUUUGAAUUAGUGCUCAUAAAACAAAAGUGGUAAUUAUACUUUUCGAGGGGCUCAAUUGGUGACGGAUUGAUUUUUCAUCUGGCGUCGGUGGUCUGCGUGUUUACCAAAAUAUACCAAAGCAAACAGAAGGAAAAGUGAAAAACCAGACAAAUCAGAAUAAAAAGUUAUUUUCCCACGGUUCAGAAUUUGAAAAAAACAAAAAAUUGGUGCCAAAACGAAAUAGCAAAAGAUAAACGACGAUGAAGCUGUGGAAAUCGAAGAAAAGUUCUUCCGGUGGCAUCGGAACAAGCUGUGUGCCAUCUGGCGGUGGUGGUGGGGGAAAGGGUGUUAGCGCACUAUCGAAAAGCUGCAAUUUCAAUGGCCACAGCAGUAGCAGCAACAACAGCUUCGAAGAUAAUAGCGUCGAGACAUCGUUCAUCAACCCCACGGCGGUUGCGGCGGUUGGAAACGGAACGUCGCCAGUAACGACUACGGCCGGAACGCCGUCGGCUGGUCUGCUGCAGUCGUCCGGGGGGCACAACACUGGCAGCAUCAUGUCGGCUAUCGAUCGUGCCAUGAGCCCGGCCCAGUCCGAGGACUCUGGAUUGGCAGCGGACCGGGGAACCACCUACGCUACGAUCUCAAUUCCACGUGACCAGGGCCAACCGCUGGGGAUUGUACUGUCAGAACGGAUCGAUCUCUCCUAUCCACCGGUGGUGGAAUCCAUCAACGGACCAGCGGCAGAUCUACUUGCACCGGGCGAUCGAAUUCAUCAGAUCGACGGCAUUUCGACGAUCGGUCUGACCAAUCAGCAUUUAUUCAACAUUCUGGCUCACGGCGAUGGACCUGCGGUGAUUGAAAUCGAGUAUUCGUUCCCGGAGUACAUUUCACAGAACAGCCUGUGCGUGACUACGAAGCUGGCACAGAUAACCGUGGAACGGGAAAAUGGCUGCCUGGGACUGACGUUACGCGGUGGUGGCGAAUAUCCGCUGGUCGUGACGAACGUGCGAAUGCUCGGCCCGGUGUUCAAGACGGGACAAAUAAAACCGGGUGAUCGAGUGCUGCGAGUCGAUAAUGUUUCGCUUGUCAACAAAACCCUCUCGGAGGCACAGCACAUUCUCAAGAAUGGACACAUGUCCGGUUACACGAAUUUGACCAUCGAGUAUGAUGUGUCGGUAAUGCAGAGUGUGGAAUUUAGCAUGGGACCGCUGCUGUUGGAAAUCGAACGACCGAUGAAUGAAAAGCUUGGAUUGAUUUUGAGCAAUUAUUCCAGUGCGGUGAAUCAGGGAGAGAUCUAUCACAAGUUAGAUGAAGUGCAACCGGCCGGAAUCUACAUUGCCAGCAUUCUACCGGCCAGUAUCGCGGAUCGUUGUGGUGCUUUGUCGGUAGGCGAUCAAAUUCUAUCCGUGGAUGAAACGAUCGUGGAAAACAGUGCCUACUCGCCGGAGGAAGUCACAUCCCUGAUGGAUGCAAACUGUACCAAAGGGUACACUCAGCUGCAAAUUCUUCCGGCUCACACACUAGUCAGAAGGAGAGGCAUCUCCUGUUCCAGUCCAAAGUAUGGUUUCAACACGGUGGAUUCCCGCAAAAAUUUGGCGGCCAAUAAGAAUCGUCGUCUAGUUCGGAAAAGUUCGCUCCCACAACCGGCGGAGAACGGAACACUGCAUCCGAAUAUGGGCCUAUGCAAAGCGGAAACCAUUCAGCUGGUGUUGGAUUGCUCCCAAGGAUCCGGAAUUUGUCUCGGUCCCAAAACCCCCUGCGGAAGGGGAUAUAUUAUCGCACAGAUUCUACCGGACUCCGUAGCCGAACGUUCCGGAAGUCUACAGAAAGGUGAUCGCAUCUUGGCCGUUAAUAAGAUGUGUAACCUGGACGCCGGCACGAUUCGGCAGUUGUUGGGUGAUUUCGGUCCGAAAACGGCAGCCAAUCAUUACCAUAAUCAACCGCAGACUACGAACUGGGUUGAGUUGGAACUGGAAUUCGACAUGGCGGACAGUGUGAUACCGUCCAGUGGAGUUUUCAAUAUAAAACUGAUAAGACAGAACAAGUGUGGCUUGGGAAUUACAGUGAGUGGAAACAAUCACGGAUCGUUUGUUAUAUCGGAGGUUAAACCGGGCAGUGCCGCCCAUCGUACCGGUUCGCUAAGAGCCGGCGAUGUGCUGUUGGCAGUGGACAAUCACCCAGUACAGCACUAUAAUCUUGAUCUGUUGCUUAAGGAGAGUAAGAACGACUACAUCACGUUGACGGUGAAACGGAACUCAUUGCCAGACUUUUUGUUUGAUGCCCAGCAGAAAACUAACAUGAUCUACGGUAGCACGGAGGAUAACGCCUAUAUUUACGGAAAUCGGUACAACGAAUCACCGACGCUACAAUCGAACAACAACGUGGACUACUUUCAGAUAGAAGAUCAUCUUCAACACCAACAGCAGCUACUGCAGCAGCAGCAACAACAGCAACAGUUACGAAGGCCAAUGUGGAAUCAACCGACACCGUACGACAUCCUGCCCGGAUCGGGAAAUCUAAUGACCCAAAGUACGGGAACACUGAAAGCAGUUCACCAGCCGUCACAGCAACAGAAACAGUCAAAUUCGGCCAGCGCAGAACACCUUCCACAUCCUUCCAGCCAAAUGGUUAAUGGCGACGGGGAGUUAUGCGGCGAGGAUCGCUACGAUGACAUUGUCCACUACAAGAUGGCAUCGAUGAACAUCAACAGUAACAAUUACGUGGGUUUGGCAAACGUUGCUGUUGCUGGUGCUGGUGGUACGGGAACUGCCGGUGGUGGGAACAGUUCAGGAGAUCAACAGAUACAGCAGUUGAUUUUCAACGUGCGAUUGGAGCCAAAAGGAGGACCACUCGGAAUUACACUGGCUGGAAGCGAUGAUCUGCAAAAACCGAUUAAAAUCAGUGCUCUGACUGAGGGCGGGAUUGCUCACAACAACGGUCAGUUGAAGGUAGGCGACUGUUUGCUGGCAAUCAAUGGGGAAAGUGUUUGCGGAGUUCCGCUGACGACGGCCACAAAAUUACUGCAUAAAUUCGAGAACGUGGUGGACCUGCAAAUAUCUCGUACGGAAUGUUUGGUUGGAGCAUGCGAGUCACGACCGGGCCAUAACGGAGAAGCUCAGACGCAGGCAUUGUAUGCAAAAGUUCAGCGAAGGCCAAGAAGUCCGUCGAUAACGGAUGCUUUGUCCACCAACUCAAACUCCAGCUCCGGAAACUGUCGGACGUUGCACGUAACGUUGUUCAAGGAUCGUGUGUACGACGACUACGGUUUCUCGGUGUCGGACGGGUUGUACGAACGAGGAGUCUACAUCAACCGAAUCCGAUCGGGGGGACCUGCCGAUCUGGUCGGAAUGCUGCGGCCAUUCGACAGAAUUGUACAGGUUAACGGAACCAAAACCCACGACUUCGACUGCUGUCUGACGGUGCCUUUGAUAGCAGCUGCGGGCGAUAAGAUAGACCUGGUCUUGCAGCGACCUCUGCCGGAAUGACCCCGCUUACUGGCUGCCAUCUGGAGUGCUAUAAUGACAUACGCCAAUAAAUAAGAGUAUCCAUCAAGUGCCAUUUCCAAUAUACAAUAAAAAAAAAUAAGCGUCUGCGGAAACUUAUUCGUCAGAACCCGUCUACAGAAACGAUUUCUCCCUUUAACAUAACAUCGAACCCCUGUUCUACUCGCAAGCAAUCUCCGACUUGCAUUCCUGCUCCAAUUCCUAAUAAUACUCGACGUAUUUAUUAUUUAUAAUAUUUAAAACCGACUUUCUCUGAACGUUACAUUAAACUGCAAUCAUAUAUUACAAUCCACUGAAGUUUGUAGGACAAUAAAAUAGUUAGCGGAAAAUUUCUUCUUCCACUUUUCUAACGUCAUCUUUAGGGCUUGUCUACAAUACAAAACAAUUUUUA